AUGACAUCCACCUUGAGUCGUGUCAAGCAAGAGCAACUCCGCAAACGGUGCAACAAUCUUCUUCGGCGCCACAAUGACUUCUGGCGCUUAUACGCGAUUCGAAGUUGGUUGGUAAUGGAAAUGCCCAAUAAGCGAAUCUAUACAUACAGCUCCCAUCCCGAGAUGCCUGUUCCGACUAGGGAGCAAAUGAAAGAGCGUCCUCAGCCCGCAGUCCACAAAACCCCCGCAGACUAUAUAUUAGAUUCUUCGGCUGAGUUGGUCUUCCCCAAACCUCCUGUAUUCAACACUCCAGAACGUCAAAAA